AUGAAUCUUCUUCUGGCAAUCGUCUCUCUCGCCGUCUUUACAGCAGCGGCCCCUCCACAAGGACUGAGUAAGAGACAAGGUGCUCUUACCAGUCCUAUUCCCGCUCAGGGCCAGGUCGAAUGCGAUGGCGAACCCGGUCGCACAUAUUGCUUCGACGAAGUCGUUUGGGGAAAAGAGAAUCGCAAGGCUGAUCUGCUACAGGCCAAGACUACCAGACGCUCCUUCAUACUUACUGCCAAGGGGAAUACGCCCAUGACGCUCUGA